CUUCUUCCCGAUCCUUCCUCCCGAAAAGCCCCCAAGCCACCGACUUUCUCCCCUUGAAAAACCCGGUGCAGGCCUCUUGAAAUUUCCCUCCUUUCUUGCUCAAGAACCAAGUCUCAAGCCUAGAACUCUCUCCCUCAACCCAGAAAUUCCAGAUCUGCCCUACGUCUUCCUCCCCUGCCGCCGGUUUCAACUGGUGCGGGUGUGAGAUUUCGGUUUUUUUUUGCCAUUCCGUGACUCCCCUGCAAUUUUCCACCGGUUCCUCCCAUAACCGCUGGCUCCACCUUUGCUUGUUGAGGUUUUUGACUGGACCAUGGAAAAUACAUUCAAAUUGUUACCAUCCCCAGGCAGAAGCUGUAAGAUCAUUUACCAGGUUAAAAAGAAAGUAUCUGAUACCCGGCUGGGGCGAUGGCUGCCGGCAAUAUGCGGCGAGAGGUCUUCUUUACGCACUUGGAUACCUUCUUGAACAUGCUCUGCAAGAAUCUGAUCAAUAGAUUGAUGUUGCUCUCCUUUUCAUCCUCGUCCCACUCAUCCACAAUCAUAUUCCAUGACAAAGAAAGGUUUGUCAAUUGCCGUAGAUAUCCUUCGGCAGCUGAACCAUCAAAUUGAGAACACAGAAUUCAAACACGAAGAGUCAAAGCCAGUUUUCUGCUCGAGGAGAUGCGGAGAUUAGAGAAAAACCUGGCUGUGGCAAAAUGUGAAAUCUGCAGUUUUUUGGGGGAGGGCGUUUGGUGAGAGAAGAAAAGAGUUGCAGGUGGUGGGAGUGAAAAGGGCAGUUGGUUCUUCUCAGGCAUAAGAAUAGUGCGCCACGAUGCAGACCAUGGUCAUUGGCAAAGAUACAUAAGAACCAUGGUCAUCAGAAAGCUGAAUGAAGAGAUAAUGUUGUGCAGUCUUGUUUAUUCUUUUGUUUUUGCCCUGAUGUGCAGUUUGGAUUUUAUUUUUUUUCCCGGGAUGUGCAGCCUGGAUUCACUGCAGAUUGUCUUC